UUGAGAGGGUCUCUAAUGUUACACCAACGUUCCGUUCGAUUUUGAGUUGACAUAAUCCGAAAUUUCAAAUUCCCAAUUUGAAUCAUAAUACCAGAAAAAGCUUCUUCGAGACGCAUCGUAAACGAUGGUUCCGCCAUUGCUGAAGCUCGAGUUCACCCAGGGUCCAAGAGCUGGCGAUUCUCUAGGGUUCAAACCCGGAUCCACUAUUCGGAUUGGUCGAAUCGUUCGUGGUAAUGAAAUCGCCAUCAAAGACGCCGGAAUCUCUACCAAGCACCUCCGGCUCGUCUCCGAUUCGGAGAACUGGAUAAUCCACGAUCUAGGGUCUUCCAACGGCACCAUAUUAAACUCCGAAACUAUCGACCCAGAUAAUCCUAUCAAUCUUAGCCAUGGAGACGAAAUCAAGCUUGGUGAGUACACUUCCAUUGUGGUGAACUUUGUGAGUGACGUUCAGGCGCCGCAGGAACAUAAGCUUCCGCCUAGGCCAAGGAGGAAUAACAAGCGUCUCGCUGUUUCGGAUCCGGAUCCGGAUCCUAUUGAGUCGGUUCAGGAGAAGCCAAAGCGCACGCGUAGAUCGUCGAAGCAAGAGGAAAGUGAACUACCCAAGAGAACUAGGGCAUCGAAGAAGAAAACUCUGGAAGAAAUCGUCGACAAAGAAGAGGAAGUGGAGGUAAAAGUUGAGAAAAAGGUCAAUUCUAGGGUUGGGAGGCCCCAGAAGAACGCAAAUAGUGCAAUUACGAAGGAAGAUGAACUUCCGGAGGAUGAAAGAGGAAACUCUAGGGUUCAGAGAGGUAAGAACAGUGAAAGUGUCCAGAAUUUGGGUUUGGAUUCGAUCAAAUUGGAAGUUGAGGAUACCCCAAAAAGAGUAGAAAUCUCAGAGGUAAAAAGCAGGAAGAGAGCGACAAGGAGCAAGCAGAUUGAAAAUGCAUGUUUGGGAUUGGGGAAUGUAAAGACUGAGGAUACUGUUUUAGAAGUUAAAGAUGCGAAGAGAGCUACAAGGGCUACCAGAAGCACCAAGAAUGAAAUUGGUGGAGAUUCCUUUCUGGAGUUGGAGAUGGUCCUGAGCCUAGCCCGGAAGAGCCGUGCAAAGAGGAGGAAAAUGGAGCAGGAGCCGUCCAAGAGCGUCGUGGAGAUGGAAACUAGAAAUGAUGAUACCGGAGAAGAGGUCUUGAAGAACUGUCAUGUUGAAGAAGAUAAGGAAAAUGAAGCUCAGGGAGUUCGCAAUGAGAGAAGUGAUGACAAAUGUGAUAGAGAAGAGGAGAGGGAAGGGGAUGGAUCUAAGAGGGUGGAGACUGAUUUGAGGAAGAAGAACACAAUAGGAGAAGAUGACCUGAAUUGUACUGUUAGAGAACAUGGAGAGACUGAGAACUUGCAAGAUAUUGAAGAAGAUAAUGGAAAUAAAGCUCAGGAAGGUUGCAGUGCAAGCAGUGAUGAAAAAUGUGAUAAAGAAGAUGGGAGGGAAGGUGAUGGUUCUAAGAGUGUAGAGCAGGUGGAGAUUGAGUUAAGGAAGAAGAGCACCAUAGCAGAAGAUGACCUGAGCUGUACUGUUAUAGAAGAUGGAGAGACUGAGAGCUUGCAAGAUAUUGAAGAAGAAAAUGGAAAUGAAGCUCAGGAAGGUUACAGUGAAAGAAGUGAUGAUAAAUGUGAUAAAGAAGAUGAGAGGGAAGGUGAUGGAUCUAAGAGGGUAGAGCAGGUGGAGAUUGAGAUUGAGUUAACGAAGCAGAGCACCAUAGGAGAAGAUGACCUGAACUGUACUGUUAGAGAAGAUGCAGACACAGGAAGCUUACAACAAAUUGAAAAAGAAUGUCAUGAGGAAGCUGGAAUGGCGACAUUAGUUGAUGAUUGUGAAGAGGAAAAGGUUGAGCAGGGAUCGAGCAAUUGGAAUGUAGAGAGGGUAGAAGUAGAUAUAAGAAAAAUGACACUAAGAAACUGGUUUGAUUCCAUGGAGGCUCAACUGCGAAAACAGACAAUUGAAGAGACAGAGAAGAUGAUUGAGCCCAUGAGAAGUAAGACUCUAAGAGUUUACAAGCAUAUUGCAGAGCAAAAGGAAAAGGGCGUGAACCACUUCUCCAUUAUUAUGCGGCUGUAAUUGCCAUUACCUUUGAUUUGCAAGCCAGAAAAGCAGAAUAUGAUACUCUGAUCAUCUGAGA